CAUGGUGACUCUGCCUUCUGAGGAAGAAAGGGACAAUAUUAUUCAUUUCAGCCAAUCAGAAACCAAAGUUUUCGUUUCCAAGUGUUGGUUGAGGAGAAGACAGCAUAAUUGAAACUGAAGUAGUCUGUGCCCUUUGCUUUGGCUUCUGACAGAAAGGCUUUAGGGUCAGAAGGCAGCGCUCUUACUGGAGGCAGGGAGGGGAGUCCCCCAGUCUUCGCUAGAAAAAUCCAGGACAUCUGAGAUGGAGAAAAGAGAACUAAAGCAUUUACUGUCUUCUACUUACACUGUCUGUCUGCUCCUGUCAGAAGUUGAAGCCAGCUGCCUGAAGCCUCACUCACUGACACAGCAUGCAGGCACACCACUGACACCAAUGGCUGACAGAACCAACGUGCUGCUGACCUCAGACCCCUGCACCACCUUCUGCCUGCCUGCCAGUCAUCCAGAAGCCACCUCUUGCCACAGAUCAGAGCCCACCUGCUGCUCUGUAGCUCUGCCUCUCCCAGAUCCCUUGCAUUCCCUACUACAAUCCCUGGCGCCAUUUUGGAAGGACAGGCAAAGCUGCCUCCCCCUUCUUCCUUCUUUGAUCUCACUUGCCACCACCACCCACUCUCCAGCUUGGGAUUUUAAUUCCACUUCUACUGUAAUGCCUUUUCCUUCCACUUCCCCCUUCCCUUCCCACACACACACACCAUAGUCUUCUCUGAAAGUCUGUCUAAAUCAUUAACAUUCUGCUUGCACACUUUCAGUGUUGUUUAAAUUUCAGAGACUGACCGCAUCACUGUACUUAAGUGUUGAGUAACUUUCCGAACAACUGUCACACCAGGUCACCAAUCAUUAUCUAGGCCUGCAUCCCUAUGCCGCCAGCAGCAACCCAAAGCGGUGUGCCCUGAGUCUCGUCAUCCCUCAGGUAGUACCACAUAAGAGCCUGGGGUUUAACAUUUUCUUACAAAACAUUUACACCUUGUUUACUUGAGUUUUCUUCCCCAAAACUUUUUGGAAUCUGUUUAUAUUUUUGGUCUGUGAAACUUCUUGAAGUUACUGCAGAAAGUGUAUAAAAUUAUAUUUUCACUUGUCUUAAA